AAUUGCUGCUCAUUUCUCUUCCUCAACCCUUCUGAAAACCCUAGCCGUUCCUCUCUCUUUUCUCCCAUCUCCUCUUAGCCAUGGCCUUCGUGAAAUCUCUGAAAUCCAGGGCCUACUUCAAGCGCUUCCAGGUUAAGUACAAGAGAAGAAGACAGGGAAAGACCGAUUACCGAGCCAGAAUCCGCCUCAUCAACCAAGACAAGAACAAAUACAACACACCCAAGUACCGGUUCGUCGUCCGAUUCACCAACAAGGACAUCGUCGCCCAGAUCAUCUCCGCCAGCAUCGUCGGCGAUCUGGUUCUCGCCUCCGCCUACGCCCACGAGCUUCCUCGCUAUGGGCUCAAGGUGGGCCUCACCAACUACGCCGCGGCCUACUGCACCGGGCUUCUCUUGGCUCGCCGAGUCCUGCACAAGCUCGAAAUGGCCGACGAGUAUGAGGGCAACGUCGAGGCCACCGGCGAGGACUAUUCUGUGGAGCCAUCGGAGAGCCGGAGGCCAUUUAGGGCUCUGCUCGAUGUGGGUUUGAUCAGAACCACAACUGGGAACCGUGUGUUUGGUGCUUUGAAGGGAGCUCUGGAUGGUGGGCUUGAUGUGCCUCACAGCGAGAAGAGGUUUGCUGGGUUUUCGAAGGACAACAAGCAGCUUGAUUCUGAUGUCCACAGGAAGUACAUCUAUGGCGGGCAUGUUGCUGCUUACAUGGGGAUUUUGAGCGAGGAUGAGCCUGAGAAAUUUCAGACCCAUUUCAGUGGGUACAUCAAGAAGGGCGUUGAGGCUGAAGGGAUUGAGGAGAUGUACAAAAAGGUUCAUGCCGCCAUUCGUGCCGAUCCAACCGUGAAGCUGACUGAGAAGAAGGAGGUGAAGGAGCACAGGAGAUUCAAUCUGAAGAAGCUUACUUAUGAUGAGAGGAAGGAGAAGUUGAUUGAGAGGUUGAAUGCUUUCAACUCAGCUGCUGGGGAUGAUGAAGAUGAUGAGUGAGUGUGGAUGGUGCCCAGUGGGGGUUUGGGGCUUGAGAUUUAGUUGUUUGUUUUUGUUAUGUAGACAGCUUUUCAAUUCUUUACUCUUAAGAUGCAUUUUGAUUUCUGUUUUUAUGUUUCCAAGUCCUUUUUUGGUGCUUUUGCUGUUUGAGACAAUCCUAGCUAGAAAUAUGCAAUUGGAAGUUUUGAAUAGUGUUGUUGUUAUUCAAGCCCCUAAACCCAAGUUUUAUUUCAAGUGUUGAACUUUGAUUUCCAUGAA